AUGGGCAGCAGGAUCUGGCACUGGGCUCUGGUCUGGGCCUCUGUGGCCUUGCUCAAGGUGUGGCCAGCAGAGAUCCAGGGCCAGGUACAGCAGAGCUUGGAAUACCCAGAAUUCACCGGAGAUGGUCAGAAAGCAUAUAACGCUCCCACCUCCUCAUCCACCCAGCACGUCACCUUCAUCCCACCUAUCACUGUCUUCCCUAGCAUGAGCCCCUUGAAUGUGGUACACAAUGGAAGAGUGUGCAGCACAUGGGGUGACUUCCACUAUAAGACCUUCGAUGGUGACAUGUUCCACUUUCCUGGCCUCUGUAACUAUGUCUUCUCUUCACACUGUGGGGCCACCUACGAGGACUUCAACAUCCAACUGCGUCGUGGUCUGGAGGGUUCCAGGCCCAUGGUCACCCAUGUGGUCCUCAGGACCCAGGGGCUGGUGAUUGAGCUGUCCAAUGGCUCUGUCCUGGUGGACGGACGGUGGGUGGAGCUACCCUACAGCCGUGCAGGUCUUCUGAUGGAGAAGAGCAGUGGUUAUGUGAAGGUCAGCAUCCGGCUGGUCCUCACCUUCCUGUGGAAUGAAGACAGUGCCCUGCUGGAGCUGGACUCCAAAUAUACCAACCAGACGUGUGGGCUGUGCGGUGACUUCAACGGACUCCCAGCUGUCAAUGAGUUCUACGCCCACAACACCAGGUUGACCCCUGUGCAGUUCGGAAACCUGCAGAAGCUGGAUGGUCCUACAGAGCAGUGCCAGGAUACCUUGCCCUCAGCUGUCAACAACUGCACAGAUAGGGAGGACAUCUGUCGCCGUGUCCUGCUUGGCCCUGCCUUUGCCGAGUGCAAUGCCCUGGUAGAUGUCAACAUGUACUUGGAUGCCUGUGUCCAGGACUUGUGCCUCUGCCCCACAUGCCCAUGUGCCACUUUUGCUGAAUAUUCCCGCCAGUGUGCCCAUGCAGGGGGCCAUCCACAGAACUGGAGGAGUUCUGAUCUGUGCAACCAGACAUGCCCUUUUAACAUGGAAUACCAGGAGUGCAGCUCGCCCUGUGUGGAUACCUGCUCCAACCCCCAACGCUCCCAGCUCUGCGAGGACCACUGCAUGGAUGGCUGCUUCUGUCCCCCAGGCACUGUGCUGGAUGACAUCAGACACUUGGGCUGUGUGGCCCUGGAGCAGUGCCACUGCACCCAUGGUGGUCACACGUAUGCCCCUGGAGAGUCCUUCAAUACCAGCUGCAGCUCCUGCACCUGCUUCGGGGGAUUGUGGCAGUGCCAGGACUUGCUGUGCCCCGCCACCUGCUCUGUGCAAGGCGGGUCCCACAUCUUCACCUAUGACGAGAAAUUCUACAAUGUGCAUGGGGACUGCAGCUACAUCCUGUCCAAGAAAUGUGCAGAUAGCAGCUUCACUGUGCUGGUCGAUCUGCGGAAGUGUGGAGUGACGGAUACUGAGAACUGCCUCAAAGCAGUCACACUCAACCUCAACAGUGGGGACAUGGUCAUCCGGAUCCAGGCCAAUGGUGCCGUGUUCCUGAACUCCAUCUUUACUCAGCUGCCCCUAUCAGCAGCCAAUGUCACCAUCUUUAGUCCAUCGUCCUUCUUCAUCAUGGUGCACACAGGCAUGGGGCUACAGCUGCAAGUGCAACUGGUGCCCAUCAUGCAGGUGUUUGUCAGCCUGGACCCCUCCUACCAUGGCCAGAUGUGUGGCCUGUGCGGGAACUUCAACCAGAACCAGGCCGAUGACUUCACAGCCCUCAGUGGGGUGGUGGAGGGCACAGGAGCUGCCUUCUCCAAUACCUGGAAGACUCAAGUCUCCUGCCCCAAUGCCAAGAACAUCUUUGAGGACCCCUGCUCGUACAGCGUGGAGGCUGAGAACUAUGCCCAGGAGUGGUGCUCCAUGCUCACCGAAAGCUCAGGCGUCUUCUCAGCCUGCCAUGCCACCGUCAGCCCAGCAGCCUUCUACUCGAACUGCAUAUUUGACACGUGUAACUGUGAGAAGAGCGAGGACUGCAUGUGCGCAGCCCUGUCCUCCUACGUGCGUGCCUGUGCCGCCAAAGGCGUGCUGCUCAGUGGCUGGAGGGACGGCGUCUGCUCCAAGUACAUGAACAACUGUCCCCAAACCAAGAGCUACUCCUAUGCUGUGAGUACUUGUGAGCCUACCUGCCGCUCUCUGAGUGAGGCCGACGUCACCUGUGGCAUCUCCUUUGUGCCCGUGGAUGGCUGCACCUGUCCUGAAGGCACCUUCCUGGAUGACAAGGGUCACUGUGUGCCUGAUGAGGAGUGCCCCUGUUUCUUCCAUGGAACUGUGGUGGCUCCUAGAGAGUUUGUUACAGACAAUGGUGUGGUGUGCUCAUGUGAAAAUGGGAAGUUGACCUGUCUUGGAGCCCUGAUGCAGAGGAGCACAGAGUGCCAGGCGCCUAUGGUAUAUCUAGACUGUAACAACGCCUCAGUGGGUGACCAAGGGGCUGAAUGCCUCAGAAGCUGCCACACACUGGACGUGGAUUGUUUCAGCACACACUGUGUCUCGGGCUGUGUAUGUCCCUCAGGGCUGGUAGCAGAUGGGAAUGGGGGCUGCAUUGCUGAGGAGGACUGCCCCUGCGUACACAAUGAGGCCACCUACAGACCUGGGGAGAUCAUCCGGGUAGACUGCAAUAACUGUACCUGCAGGAACCGCCGGUGGGAGUGUACGAAUCAGCCCUGUAUGGGUGCAUGUGUGGCCUAUGGGGAUGGCCAUUUUGUCACCUUUGAUGGUGAACGCUACAUCUUUGAAGGCAGCUGCGAGUAUACCUUAGCUCAGGACUACUGCAGAGGCAACACCAGUACUGAUGGGACCUUCCGUAUUGUCACUGAGAAUGUCCCUUGUGGGACCACAGGAACCACCUGCUCCAAGGCCAUCAAGAUCUUUGUGGAGAGCUAUGAGCUGAUUCUUCAUGAGGGGAACUUCAAAGUGGUAGAGAGAGGGUCAAGUGGGGAACUUCCAUACAAGAUCAGAUACAUGGGUAUCUUCCUGGUCAUUGAGAUCCGCAGUGGGAUAGUCGUGUCCUGGGACAGGAAGACCAGUGUGUUUGUCCGACUGCAGCAGCAUUACAAGGGCAGGGUCUGUGGCCUGUGUGGGAACUUCGAUGACAAUGCCAUCAAUGACUUCACCACACGCAGCCAGUCCGUGGUGGGCGAUGUGCUGGAGUUUGGAAAUAGCUGGAAGUUCUCGCCAUCCUGCCCAGAUGCCCCAGUUCCCAAGGACCCCUGCACUGCCAACCCUUACCGCAAGUCCUGGGCCCAGAAGAAGUGCAGCAUCAUUAACAGUGCGACCUUUGCUGCCUGCCACUCCCAGGUUGACUCUACCAAGUACUAUGAAGCCUGUGUGCAUGAUGUGUGUGCCUGUGACUCAGGGGGUGACUGUGAGUGUUUCUGCACUGCUGUGGCUGCCUAUGCCCAGGCCUGCCAAGAUAUGGGUGUGUGCUUGUCCUGGAGAACACCAGACAUCUGCCCUCUUUUCUGUGACUACUACAACCCUCACGGGGAGUGUGAGUGGCAUUACCAGCCCUGUGGAGCCCCCUGUCUGAAGACCUGUCGAAACCCUGCUGGACACUGCCUUGUUGAACUGCCAGGCCUGGAAGGCUGCUACCCACAAUGCCCACCUAGCCAUCCCUUCUUCAAUGAGGACCAGAUGAAGUGUGUGGCCCAGUGUGGAUGCUAUGAUGAUGAUGGAAACUACCACGACAUUGGCACAGAGGUCCCUACAGCUGAGAACUGCCAGAGUUGUCUCUGCACCCCUGGUGGCCUCAGCUGUGUUCACAACCUUACAGCCUGCACAUGCAUCUACGAGGGCCGUACCUACCACUUCAAUGAUGUUGUCUACAACACCACGGAUGGCCUUGGUGCAUGCUUAGUGGCCAUCUGCAAAGACAAUGGGACUAUAAUACGCACAGCUGAAGAGUGCCCUGAAGUCUUGUCUACCACACCAUUUACAUUCACCAGUACCUUGGCACCCAGUGCCACAACAGGCUCAGCUUUCACUGUGUCCACUGUGUCCACUGUGUGUGUCCGGGAGGUCUGCCACUGGUCCAUUUGGUAUGAUCAGAGCUAUCCAGAGCCUGGCAUGGCAGGUGGGGACUUUGAAACAUUUGAGGACCUGAGGCGCAAAGGGUACCAGGUGUGUCAAACCCCUGCUGCCAUUGAGUGCCGUGCCAAGAAGUUCCCCAGCACGGACUUACGGGAGCUGGGUCAGAAGGUGAACUGUGACCCUUCCUGGGGACUGAAAUGCCUCAACAGUGAGCAGAACCCCCCACUCUGCUACAACUAUGAGCUGAGGGUUCUGUGUUGUGAAUAUGUACCGUGUAGUUCCCCCCUGACCUCAGGCGGAAGUACCACUCACUCCCAGCCUGAGACCGGUACUCAGACAACAUCCGCAGUAUCUAAGUCCACACCCUCCAGGACCACAGAAAGGAAUGAGAUAUCCCUGAAUACGACUCACAACUCAAGGAAAACAGUGGCAGUCACCUCAAAAGGAAGAACAACUUCACAAUCCACUGUGUUGAGACACUCAGUCAGCAGCCUCCCCAUGACCAGCCCUACAUGGACUACAAUAGUGACAGGAACCACCUUGCACACAACACUUAGUUCCCAGCCAACAUCAGUAUUCGCCUCACAGACAGGGUCCACUUCAACAGCCAGUGUGGUCACACAGUCAGUCAGCAGUCCCGGGACCUCCACCACCUGCCAGCCCCGAUGCCAGUGGACAAAGUGGUUCGAUACAGACUACCCCAAGUCUGACAAAGAGGGAGGAGACAUUGAGACAUAUGACAGGAUCAGAGCCGCCGGGGCAGAUAUCUGUGAACAGCCUCGGGACAUCCAGUGUGUGGCCCAGAACUACCCCGAUAUCAGCCUGGACCUGUUGGAUCAGGAAGUGAAGUGUGACGUCAACUUCGGUCUGGUGUGUCACAACAAGGACCAGCAACAUGAAUUUGGGAUGUGCUUCAACUACAUGAUCCGUGUGCUGUGCUGCAGUGACAGCCACUGCCAGGGACCGACCACCACGGCAGGGUCUCCCCCUACACCAGGAACUGCCACCUCUGCCACUCAGACCCUGUCCUCCAAGCCUUAUCCCAGCACUAGUCCAAUUGAGACCUGGUCUCCCUCAGGCUCCACCACCAGCAUCCAUGCCUCAGAGAUGCCCACCCCUGGGAUUCUGGAUAAAAGUGUGUCAUCCCCAGCCAGCACUACUUUGACAGUCACCUCGAAGACAACUCAGCCUCCCAAGAGCCCAGAGUCCUCUGGCAUUGUCAGCAGCCCCGGGACCUCCACCACCUGCCAGCCCCGAUGCCAGUGGACAAAGUGGUUUGAUACAGACUACCCCAGGUCUGACAGAGAGGGAGGGGACAUUGAGACAUAUGACAGGAUCAGAGCCGCCGGGGCAGAUAUCUGUGAACAGCCUCGGGACAUCCAGUGUGUGGCCCAGAACUACCCCGAUAUCAGCCUGGACCUGUUGGAUCAGGAAGUGAAAUGUGACGUCAACUUCGGUCUGGUGUGUCACAACAGGGACCAGCAACAUGAAUUUGGGAUGUGCUUCAACUACAUGAUCCGUGUGCUGUGCUGCAGUGACAGCCACUGCCAGGGACCGACCACCACGGCAGGGUCUCCCCCUACACCAGGAACUGCCACCUCUGCUACUUCCAGCCACAUCCAGGGAGACCCAAACCUCAUCACGGCUAACCACUGGUCUCUCCUCAGCCCUUACAACCAGGAGGACCUCUUCUACAGGCUAAACAAGACAGGUAUCCAGAUAUGCGAGAAACCUGUGGACAUUGAAUGUGAAGCCAUCCUCUUCCCCAACAUGUCCUUCCAGCAGCUGGGCCAGGAGGUGGUUUGUAAUGUGGACUUUGGACUCAUCUGCAGGAACAGCAAACAGGCCAAAAACCAAACCUGUUUCAACUACCAUAUCCGUGUGCUCUGCUGUGAGGAAGACAUCAGCUGUUUCAGCACAACUGGGUCACUCUCUACCACCUCCAGCCAAGUCAGCAAGUCAUACUCCUCUACCUCCCUGACCUCACCUGGACCAUCCUAUUCUCCUCCUGGAAGCACCACCAUGAGCUCAGCCACAGCUGCCUCCACCACCAAAGCUACCACCUCCUUAAAGAGUGAAAAAAGCACGAUGACCAACACUGUCCACACAGGAGCUGCACCUUCCACACACUCAGUCAGCAGUCCCGGGACCUCCACCACCUGCCAGCCCCGAUGCCAGUGGACAAAGUGGUUUGAUACAGACUACCCCAAGUCUGACAGAGAGGGAGGAGACAUUGAGACAUAUGACAGGAUCAGAGCCGCCGGGGCAGAUAUCUGUGAACAGCCUCGGGACAUCCAGUGUGUGGCCCAGAACUACCCCGAUAUCAGCCUGGACCUGUUGGAUCAGGAAGUGAAGUGUGAUGUCAACUUCGGUCUGGUGUGUCACAACAAGGACCAGCAACAUGAAUUUGGGAUGUGCUUCAACUACAUGAUCCGUGUGCUGUGCUGCAGUGACAGCCACUGCCAGGGACCGACCACCACGGCAGGGUCUCCCCCUACACCAGGAACUGCCACCUCUGCCACUCAGACCCUGUCCUCCAAGCCUUAUCCCAGCACUAGUCCAAUUGAGACCUGGUCUCCCUCAGGCUCCACCACCAGCAUCCAUGCCUCAGAGAUGCCCACCCCUGGGAUUCUGGAUAAAAGUGUGUCAUCCCCAGCCAGCACUACUUUGACAGUCACCUCGAAGACAACUCAGCCUCCCAAGAGCCCAGAGUCCUCUGGCAUUGUCAGCAGCCCCGGGACCUCCACCACCUGCCAGCCCCGAUGCCAGUGGACAAAGUGGUUUGAUACAGACUACCCCAGGUCUGACAGAGAGGGAGGGGACAUUGAGACAUAUGACAGGAUCAGAGCCGCCGGGGCAGAUAUCUGUGAACAGCCUCGGGACAUCCAGUGUGUGGCCCAGAACUACCCCGAUAUCAGCCUGGACCUGUUGGAUCAGGAAGUGAAGUGUGAUGUCAACUUCGGUCUGGUGUGUCACAACAAGGACCAGCAACACGAAUUUGGGAUGUGCUUCAACUACAUGAUCCGUGUGCUGUGCUGCAGUGACAGCCACUGCCAGGGACCGACCACCACAGCAGGGUCUCCCCCUACACCAGGAACUGCCACCACUGCCACUCAGACCCUGUCCUCCAAGCCUUAUCCCAGCACUAGUCCAAUUGAGACCUGGUCUCCCUCAGGCUCCACCACCAGCAUCCAUGCCUCAGAGAUGCCCACCCCUGGGAUUCUGGAUAAAAGUGUGUCAUCCCCAGCCAGCACUACUUUGACAGUCACCUCAAAGACAACUCAGCCUCCCAAGAGCCCAGAAUCCUCUGGCAUUGUCAGCAGCCCCGGGACCUCCACCACCUGCCAGCCCCGAUGCCAGUGGACAAAGUGGUUUGAUACAGACUACCCCACGUCUGACAAAGAGGGAGGGGACAUUGAGACAUAUGACAGGAUCAGAGCCGCUGGGGCAGAUAUCUGUGAACAGCCUCAGGAUAUCCAGUGUGUGGCCCAGAACUACCCCGAUAUCAGCCUGGACCUGUUGGAUCAGGAAGUGAAGUGUGAUGUCAACUUCGGUCUGGUGUGUCACAACAAGGACCAGCAACAUGAAUUUGGGAUGUGCUUCAACUACAUGAUCCGUGUGCUGUGCUGCAGUGACAGCCACUGCCAGGAACCGACCACCACUCCAGGGUCUCCCCCUACACCAGGAACUGCCACCUCUGCCACUCAGACCCUGUCCUCCAUUCCUCAGCCCAACACUACUCUGACUGUGACCAGGACUCACUCAGCUCCCACCACAGUAGCAACAAGCCUCCUAAAAACUCUCCCAGGCUCUAGUCACACAGUCACUCUUGUUACAUCCUCUGGCAGUAGUCCCCCACAUGUUUCUAAUGUCAAGGAAACCAGCAUCCCAGGAAAGGUUUCCUCUAUCCAUACAACAGUCAACAUCCUGCCUAAAACAUUACAGUCUUCGACUCCUGCCUUGACAACAAAACAAACUUCCUCAACUGAAAUCUGGACAACAAUACUUACUGGUACAGCUGGUACUGGCUCCUCAAAACCCCCACCCACGAGCCUGGGGUUGACUACAGGCAUAAAAGAGCUGUCUACCAGUCCACCAAGGACACAGACACUACCAGUCCCUGCGACUAAUGCCACCACCAGCCAGGGCACAACCCGCUGCCAGCCCAAGUGUAAGUGGACUGAAUGGUUUGAUGUGGACUCACCAACCUCAGGAGCAGUAAGAGGGGACAUGGAGACCUAUGAAAACAUCAGAGCUUCUGGUAAGAAGAUAUGCCAGACACCAGAGAAGAUUGAGUGUCAGGCAGAGAACUACCCUGCAGUGAGCAUUGAUAAGAUUGGCCAAGUAGUAAGCUGUAACCUGGAGACAGGACUGGUCUGUAAAAAUGAGGACCAGACAGAUGAUUUCAAAAUGUGCUUCAACUAUAAUAUACGUGUGCUUUGCUGUGACGACUAUAGCAACUGCCCUACCACAACUGCUGUACCACCUACAUCCACCAUGAACAGCCCUAAAGUCAGCAGCGAGGUCUCCACCAUGGCCACCAGUCCAUCAGCAAGACAAGGACACUCCACCAAAGCUACCACCUCCUUAAAGAGUGAAAAAAGCAUGAUGACCAACACUAUCCACACAGGAGCUGCACCUUCCACACACUCAGUCAGCAGUCCCGGGACCUCCACCACCUGCCAGCCCCGAUGCCAGUGGACAAAGUGGUUUGAUACAGACUACCCCAGGUCUGACAGAGAGGGAGGGGACAUUGAGACAUAUGACAGGAUCAGAGCCGCCGGGGCAGAUAUCUGUGAACAGCCUCGGGACAUCCAGUGUGUGGCCCAGAACUACCCCGAUAUCAGCCUGGACUUGUUGGAUCAGGAAGUGAAGUGUGACGUCAACUUCGGUCUGGUGUGUCACAACAAGGACCAGCAACAUGAAUUUGGGAUGUGCUUCAACUACAUGAUCCGUGUGCUGUGCUGCAGUGACAGCCACUGCCAGGGACCGACCACCACGGCAGGGUCUCCCCCUACACCAGGAACUGCCACCUCUGCCACUCAGACCCUGUCCUCCAAGCCUUAUCCCAGCACUAGUCCAAUUGAGACCUGGUCUCCCUCAGGCUCCACCACCAGCAUCCAUGCCUCAGAGAUGCCCACCCCUGGGAUUCUGGAUAAAAGUGUGUCAUCCCCAGCCAGCACUACUUUGACAGUCACCUCAAAGACAACUCAGCCUCCCAAGAGCCCAGAAUCCUCUGGCAUUGUCAGCAGCCCCGGGACCUCCACCACCUGCCAGCCCCGAUGCCAGUGGACAAAGUGGUUCGAUACAGACUACCCCAGGUCUGACAGAGAGGGAGGGGACAUUGAGACAUAUGACAGGAUCAGAGCCGCUGGGGCAGAUAUCUGUGAACAGCCUCGGGACAUCCAGUGUGUGGCCCAGAACUACCCCGAUAUCAGCCUGGACCUGUUGGAUCAGGAAGUGAAGUGUGACGUCAACUUCGGUCUGGUAUGUCACAACAGGGACCAGCAACACGAAUUUGGGAUGUGCUUCAACUACAUGAUCCGUGUGCUGUGCUGCAGUGACAGCCACUGUCCUAGGACCCCUUCCAGCACCACAAAGUCAACUCUGCCCUGGUCUACCCACACUCCCCUGGUCCCUUUCACAAUCACAUCAAGCACGGAGUCCACCUUUCAGACCAAGCAUCCCUUCAGCUCCCCCGUACCAAGUACUCAAGCAUCCACAUGGACCACAUAUCCUGACUCAGGCUGUGUACCUCAGUGCACGUGGACAGAAUGGUUCGAUGCGGACUUCCCUAACCCUGGCCCCAGAGGCGGGGACUUUGAGGUCUACGCAGUGUUACGGGAAGUUGGUUUUGUCUUCUGUGAGCAGCCCAAGGACAUCCAGUGCCGCUCUGAGAAUGAGCCAGACAGGCCCUUGGAAACUCUAGAGCAGGUGGUCCAGUGUGAUGUGCGAUUUGGGCUGAUAUGCAAGAAUAUCAACCAAACGGGACCUUUGCAAUACUGUGACAACUACCAUGUGCGCUUCCUCUGCUGUGACAAUGUCAGCCACUGUACCACCUCACCUAUGGCCACCCUCUCCACUGUUCCUUCUUCCUCUCCCCUGCUGUCCACUCAUGCUUCCCCAACCUCGAACACUAUGACUUCUUCACCUGUGGUCCCUAGCUCUACUCACACCUCUCCAGUUUUGACCACCGGGACUUCAUCUGUAGCCACGGGCCCCACUGUGGCCCCCUCCUCUACUUCCAAGACCACUCACCCCCCUGAAGUUUCCCCCAGCAGCCAGGUGACCUUCAGCCUGUCUACUGCUUCUCCCUUGGGCCCUAGUACCCUCAGGCCUACUGUCCUUUCCAGCCGACCAUUUUCCCCAUCACCCUGUUUCUGCCAGGCAUUUGGACAGCUGUUCUUACCUGGAGAGGUCAUUUACAAUAAGACUGAUGGAGCUGGCUGCCAAUUGUACGCCACCUGCAACCAGUACUGUGAUGUUGACCGCUUCCAGGGUGCCUGCCCCUCCUCUUCACCUCCAGCGCCCUCGACCUCUGCAUCUUUGCCUCCCCCGCUUCCUGGAUGUGAUGAUGCCACUCCUCCCCGGCAGGUGAAUGAGUCCUGGACCCUGGAGAACUGCACAGUGGCCAGGUGCCAGGGAAAUAACCAAAUCAUCCUCCUAGAGCCGGAGCCUGUGGACAAUGUCACCUGUGCCAACAAGCACUUGCCCAUCCAAGUGUGGGACCAGGAGCCUUGCCAUUUCCACUAUGAGUGUGAAUGCUUCUGCAGUGGAUGGGGGCGCUCACACUACCUGACGUUUGACGGCACCUCCUAUACUUUCCUGGACAACUGUACCUCGGUGCUCAUGAGAGAGAUUCUCCCUCGCCAUGGCAACCUGAGCAUCCUUGCUCACAGCUACUACUGUGGGGCUACCACCAAUGUCACCUUCUGUCCCCGAGCCCUCAGUGUGUACUACAACUCCAUGGAGAUUGUCCUCACCACCACCACCACUGCCAGUGGGAAGGAGGAGGGCCUGAUCAUAUGGGACCAAAUGUGGAUAAGCUCAGGUUUCAGUAAGAAUGGUGUGACAGUGUCCUUGAGCGGCAUCACCACGAUGAGUGUCAACAUUUCCACCAUUGGCACCAGCAUCACCUUUGAUGGGCACAUCUUCCAGAUAUGGUUACCCUACAGACACUUCAGCAACAAUACCGAGGGCCAGUGUGGUACCUGCACAAACAGCCAGGCAGAUGACUGCCGCCGGCCAGAUGGCACCAUAGCUUCCAACUGCCAGGACAUGGCCAAAGACUGGCUGGUGCCUGGGAACAGCAACAAUGGCUGCUUAGCUCAGCCUAGCCCUCCCCCAAGCACCACUCCCCAGCCCUCAGUGUCCAGCACACCCACCUCCACCCCAUGCCCCACUGUACCCCUCUGUGAGCUGAUGCUGAGCCAGGUCUUCGCCGAGUGCCACACGCUCAUCCCUCCAGACACCUUCUUCAGUUCCUGUGUCAAUGACUACUGCAAUACCAAUGUUACUGACAUGCCCUGUCAAAGCCUGGAGGCCUAUGCCACACUCUGCCGGGCCCGGGGUGUGUGCACCAACUGGCGUAAUGCCACUGGAGGGCUUUGUGACCUUUCCUGUCCACCCACUAAGGAAUACAGGCCUUGUGGACCUCUGCAUCCAGUAUCCUGCAGCUCCAGAACCCUGAACAUUUCAACUGAGAUGCUGGCAGAGGGCUGCUUCUGCCCUGAGAAUCAGCUCCUCUUCAACUCACGCAUGGACAUCUGUGUGCUGGAGUGUCCCUGCGUGGGACCUGAUGGGCUACCCAAGAUUCCGGGAGAACACUGGAUCAGCAACUGCCAGUCCUGUGUGUGCGACCCCAGCUCUGUGUCAGUACAGUGUGAGCCGGUGCGGUGUGAGAGCCAGGAGCACCCACAGUGCACAGAAGCUGGCCUCGUGACCAUGACCAAGCCCAACCCUGACAACCCAUGCUGCCCCGAGACAGUCUGUGUCUGCAAUACAACCACCUGCCCCAAGAGUCAGCCCAAGUGUGAGCCAGGGCACGAGCUGAUCCACACCUACGAGGAGGGCAGCUGCUGCCCCAGCCCCAGCUGUCGACCUAUGAUGUGCACAUACAAUGACACCCUCUAUGGGGUUGGGGCAAACUUCCCAGGCAACGACCCCUGCCAAACAUGCACCUGCUUCUCUGUGGGCCAUCAAGAACCCAAAGUAGAGUGUAGAGAGAUCCUUUGUACCACCUCCUGCCCCCAGGGCUUCAAGUAUACGCCGGUGCCAAAGCAGUGCUGUGGGGAGUGUGUACAGAAUGCCUGCUUCACGCCAGAUGGCCAGGCAAUGCAGCCCAAUGAAACCUGGGUGAACAGUCAUGUGGACAACUGCACUGUGUACCACUGUAUGGAUGAGAAUGGAAUCCAUAUACUGACUCCAAUGCCCCCGGACUGCCCUGAUGUGUCCAACUGUACGGGAACCCUAAGGAAAUCAGGUUGCUGUUAUUCCUGUGAACAAAAUGACUCAAGUACAUGUCAAGUGCACAUAAACACAACCAUCCUGCGGUAUAAAGGCUGUGAAACAGAUGUGGCAGUCAAUAUCCCCUUCUGCAAGGGGUCCUGCUCUGCAAUGUCCAAGUACUCCAUGGAGGCUCAGGCUAUGGAACAUCAGUGCACCUGCUGUCAGGAGAGCAAGGUCCAUGAUGUAGCUGUGACCAUGCAGUGUCCCAACGGUACAGUCAUCCAGCACACCUAUAGCCACAUCGAUGAGUGCAGCUGUGCCCUGGCCUGCAGCUUCCUGCCCCUGACUUCCAUGAACACUCCCUAG